AUAAAUUUGAACUGCAAGAAAUUUCCAUGUCCACAUCUGCGAUACGACAUUCGAUCUUUUCACUACAACAGAAGAUGUGGCGCCAAUUUGCGCGGCGAGCGGCGCCGACGAUGGCGCGACCGUCUCUGGCCCGCUGCUUCUCUGCCCAUGGAGAUAUUGCACGCGGGCCGUUUGCGACAGUGACGGAAGCGGACAUCGUGCAUUUUCGCAACGUUUGCAGCAGUGUACUCACAGAUUCAGAAGCGGUUGCUCCGUACAACUCGGACUGGUUGAAAAAGUACCAUGGACACAGCCAAGUCGUUCUGCGUCCGAAAACGACCCAGGAAGUGUCGGACAUCCUCAAGUACUGCAACGAACGACGACUGGCCGUGGUGCCACAGGGGGGGAACACCGGCCUCGUCGGUGGCAGCGUGCCCGUUCACGAUGAAGUCAUCCUCUCCACGGGCAACAUGAACGUGAUUGAGUCGUUCGAUGACGUAUCGGGGAUCGUCGUGUGCCAGGCAGGUUGCAUUCUCGAAAACCUCGACACUCACGUCGGCAAAUUUGGGUACAUGAUGCCGCUUGAUCUUGGCGCGAAAGGAACAUGUCAAAUCGGCGGCAAUGCAUCGACGAAUGCAGGGGGUCUUCGAUUGCUUCGGUACGGAUCGCUGCACGGAUCGAUUCUCGGCGUCGAGGCUGUGCUGGCGGAUGGCACGAUUGUCGAUUGUCUGAGCACGAUGCGCAAGGACAACACGGGUUACGACCUCAAGCAGAUCUUCAUCGGGUCGGAAGGCACGUUGGGCAUCAUCACGAGGCUGUCGAUUUUGACGCCGCCGCGGUCGGCCGCCGUAAACGUUGCGCUCGUCGGGUGCGAGUCCUUUGACGCCGUCAAAAAGACGUACGUGGCCGCGAGACGGCACUUGGGCGAGAUUCUAUCGGCGGUCGAGUUCUUGGACCGCGGAUCUCUGGACGUGGUCAUGUCCCAACAGCCCGACCUCGUCGAUCCACUGGAGACGGCAUGUCCGUUUUACGUCCUGAUCGAGACCGCCGGGAGCCGCGCUGACCACGACAUGGAGAAGCUCGAUGCGUACUUGGCCACCAUGAUGGAAGACGGCCACGUCGUCGAUGGCACAGUCGCGCAGGACGCCAAGCAGGCGAGGAAAUUGUUUAGCAUCCGCGAAGACAUCACGCUUGCGCUCUGCUCCAAGGGUUACGUGUACAAGUACGACGUGAGCAUCCCAAUCGACGACUACUACAAGAUUGUCGAGGACAUGCGCGUUCAGCUGGCGGAGUUUGACGCCGACGUCGUGGGCUAUGGUCACCUGGGCGACUGCAAUAUGCACCUCAACAUCUCGUCACCCUCGUACGAUAGCGACGUCAUGGCGGCCAUCGAGCCGUUCGUGUUUGAGUGGACAGCGGCACGACGUGGAAGCAUCAGCGCCGAGCACGGCAUCGGCACGCACAAACCGUCGUUCCUUCACUUGUCCAAAGCGCCACAUGCCAUCAAGAUGAUGCAGCAGAUGAAAGCCGUGUACGACCCGAACGGAAUCCUCAACCCUUAUAAGGUGCUGCCCAAGGCACAGUAGGGCGCGACUACCCCCCCUCCCCACUUUUCAAAGAUUUGAACAUGAGCGUGUGCAAUGUCUGGUUGAAGUCGCUAGUUGAGGCAAUGUUGGGCAGCGUGUGCCAAGCAAGCGAUCGCGAGGCAAAGUGAGCGGGCGGAUCAGUGCUCGCCGACUUGCUCAAGGACGGCCAGCCCAUGAUGAGGCACAUUGCGACACACGAGAUGCUUGUGUUGUUGGCCUGUGGGGUGAUGGCGGGCACAGCUCGAGAUGAACGCCACCGUGUCAAAGUUGACAUGCGUCGAGAGCACUGCGACGAUACCAGACGCCCUCUGGCUGGUUCUCGCUGUCGUGGGGAGUCGUACAGUCGCCACCAUGGGCGAGUUCCUUGUGUGCACUACGGCACCAGCAGGACAAGGAUGUAUCCGCUGUCGCAUCAAGCCAACGUCGCUGUGGAUGGAGACGGCGCUCCUGGGCCGCUCAUCUUGCUAUCGCGGCCUCGUGCAAGCUGGGCUCCCAGGAUUCCUGUGACAGGUACUAAUUCGGCAUGGAGCAUGGCCAAACCUCUCGCAGAGACGUUUGCCGCCAGUUCAACCACACGCCGUCCCCGACCUCUGUCGCUACCAAAAGUGUAGCGCAAUGAGAGCGAGGCCACGGAGCCCACCUGAAGCGCUACAGCUCUCCAGUUGGCGUGCCCAAGUACUGCUAGCCCCCUGUCGUACGAUUCGACCGACGUCUUUUUGUGUUCGUCGCCGUCGAUUGCUGUGUUAGGUUGGCGCUACAGGAUAUCUUCAGCGUGCGCAAAGUCGAGCUUGGACAGUCGCACGGACGCAAAGAUCUUUUCGGGGAGGUCGGCUUCGGUGUCGCCUUGAAGUGUCAAGUGCACGUCGACGUCGAGCUGGUUGGAAUAUCCGCGGCAGAGCCCGACGAUGUUGGCCGCGAUUGUGCUGGACGGGAUGUCCAUGUCGACUUCAAUGUAGUUGGGACCACAGACAUAUCUCUGGGUGAGUUUGUUGCCGACGAGGGCCGGCUUUUGCGGUACCAUGGCCUUGACCACCCACGGCGCGGUCACGAGCGCUGGGAUGAGCUUCAAGUGGGCAUUGCAGAAUGCAGGCGUGUUGGCAUGAAUGGCGUCUUGGAAUUGAGCCCAGAGGCGCGAAAACGGCGGGUGCUGCGCCACGUCGGCCGACGAGACCAGCCAGUAGCACACAACGUGGGCGAACGGUGUGCCAGGCACCUACGACAACAGUGACGGUAUGGAAACGUGAAGAAUGGCGGACAGCACCUGAAAAUUGAGCACAAACACCUUGUCGGAUGGAUGUUCGUGUUGAAAGUACCGGAGAAUGCUGUUGGGACGGUCCAAAUCGACCAGGGCGAUGUGAUCGAUUCGACCGGGACGCGCCCGCGUUCCUUUCCACACGUCGACGUGAACGAGCCUUCCAAGACUAGGUCCAGCAGGCAUCUUGGUGCUGUCCUUGACAUAGGUCGGUCCACGAACGAGCACGGGUGCUGCGGACGGCUCGCUCCACAUACUCGUGGUGUUGGAUCGUAACUGAGUCACAUGGAGGGCGUACUUUUCCUCCCACGUCAUGGCGUGUCGCAAGCGUGGAAGGGCGGACGUCAUCGGCUCGGGUGCACACGCUUCCAUGCACGAAUCGCUCUUCCUUCGACGACUGGCAGUCGACGCGUGGUCCAUUGUCGCUGUCGACGUCACGAGCGGAAAGUGAUGGACGGCAGACUGGUCGGUUGUAAACGCGAGCGGUGUCGACUUGAACAACAGGAGGAGGAACACUUCCAGAGGAAGCAAGAGGCCCUCCAUCAGGACGAUGGUCGUCUCAAGGACACGCAGGAGGACGCCGUCCGCCAUGCCGAGGAGGA